CUUUCGUCACACUCGCAAUCUAAAGAAAAUUAGACGCAGGAUGUUACGUUUACCUCUGAUCCACCAGUCCAGUGCAUUUCCGCUUUUUGUCCGUCAUUCGCCCCAUAGAUGCUCGAGUAAGAAUCACCGAAACGGCUUUUUGAGGCGUUGAUCUUUUCCCCUUUCAUUGCGCUCGUACGGUGUUCGCUGGCGGCGAAUUAUGGAUAGCCAAGGAAGAAAAGUAGUAGUUUGUGACAAUGGCACAGGGUUUGUCAAGUGCGGAUAUGCUGGUUCCAAUUUUCCUGAACACAUCUUCCCCGCCCUGGUGGGCCGGCCCAUCAUCCGCUCAUCCACUAAAGUGGGCAACAUUGAGAUCAAGAACAACUGCAUCAACGACCAUGUGGACCUGAUGGUGGGGGAUGAGGCCAGUGAGCUGCGCUCCCUGCUGGAGGUGUCCUACCCCAUGGAGAACGGCAUCGUCCGCAGCUGGGAUGACAUGCGCCACCUGUGGGACUACACCUUUGGCCCCCAGCGGCUGGACAUCUCCCCCCCGGACUGCAAGAUCCUGCUCACAGAGCCCCCCAUGAACCCGCUCAAGAACCGGCAGAAGAUUAUAGAGGUCAUGUUUGAGAGCUACCAGUUUCAGGGUGUCUACAUUGCCAUCCAGGCUGUGCUCACGCUCUACGCCCAGGGCUUGCUGACGGGUGUGGUGGUAGACUCGGGGGACGGAGUGACCCACAUCUGUCCCGUGUACGAAGGCUUCGCUUUGCCACACCUCACCCGCCGACUGGACAUCGCAGGCCGUGACAUCACACGCUAUCUCAUCAAGUUGCUGCUGCUGCGCGGCUACGCCUUCAACCACUCGGCGGACUUUGAGACGGUGCGCAUGCUGAAGGAGAAGCUGUGCUACGUGGGCUACAACAUCGAGCAGGAGCAGAAGCUGUCCAGAGAGACCACCGUGCUCGUCGAGACGUUCACGCUCCCAGAUGGUCGGUUGGUGAAGGUGGGGGGCGAGCGGUUUGAGGCUCCCGAGGCACUGUUCCAACCCCACCUGAUCAACGUGGAGGGAGUGGGUGUGGCCGAGCUGCUCUUCAACACCAUCCAGGCGGCCGACAUCGAUACGAGGUCAGACUUCUACAAGCACAUUGUGCUGUCCGGGGGUACCACCAUGUACCCCGGCCUGCCGUCCCGCCUGGAGAGGGAGAUGAAACAGCUUUAUUUGGAGAGGGUGCUGAAGGGAGAUGUGGAGAAGCUGUCUAAGUUUAAGAUCCGCAUCGAAGACCCGCCUCGGCGGAAGCACAUGGUGUUCCUCGGAGGGGCGGUGCUGGCCGACAUCAUGAAGGACAAGGACUCCUUCUGGAUGAGCCGCGCGGAGUACCAGGAGAAAGGCAUCGGGGUGCUGGAGAAACUGGGGGCGAGCGUGCGGUAGGAGGCUCCCACCCACCCCGGCCUGCCCAGGUUAAACACAGGUAUAAGCACAGGGACCCCCCCCUCCCCCCCUCCCCCUUCCCAAACAUGCACCCUUACUGCCACACCCACAGGCCCUGAGACAUAGACAGACAGACAGACUGGCGUACUCUGACAUCAACAAUCGGGUACUUAACUGCCUUUCUCACUUUUGUCCGUCUGUCUGUCCACCAUCUCAACACGCUGGUCUAAUAGAGCGUGAGAAGGGUUCAGUAGGUGUUUGUCUGUCUGUCUGUCCUGGCAUGGUGUGAUUAUGGCACCCGAUUUAGGCAUGCAGCUGCCAUCGGUUUGACUGUAGUUUCAUUGCUUGUAUUUUUUUACAAGGCCAGUUCAGUACCUGGAUGAAAUUAACUGUUGCAUAUAUAGGUAAGAUAACUAUAUUCGGGGGAAAUAUUAGCCAAUCGGGGUGAUUUCGUCUGCUACCAAAGUAAAAAUUAUGUGAAAAUAAAAUAAGUUUGAAAACAUGAACUCUCCAGCUCAUGUGGGUUGACAGCCCCCACUGUGAUAUAUUUAAACAAGAAUAAUUAUAAUCCAUAAUAAUCAUAGUCUGUGUUAAGAAGGAACAGAGUCGUGGGCUUCCUCUGUUUCCCUAGCAGCAUAGAAAGUUGCCACUUUCUUAUUGUCCCACAAAGAGAUGGAUGAGAUGCUGUACUUUAGCAUUUAGCAAUUAGCACACAUCAGCUGGAGUCUUCUCUCAGGUACCCAUCGGACUGUUAGGCAGUCAGGUGACCGUGUCCUUCAACUGUCAGAGCAGUCCUAGGGUCCGCAUUUGGGCUCAUUUCUAAUAACGCUGACAAAUCAAGUGACAGUAAACUGAACAUUUUAUCUGACUUUCAGCCAGGAUUACAGUAGCACUGUAAUGUACUGUAACUUUCUCCCAGUGUCAGCAGAUUGUGUGAAUAAGGUGUUCCUGAUAAUCAGAUAAUCAUGAGCCUGGACCAAACAUUUUUUUAGAAACUUAUUUUAUAUUUGUGUAUUGUUAAUUAUGUGCUUUUAUUGAGGUUUAGUAUUUGCCAAUGAGAUUUUUUUUACCUUCUAAAUCCCAGUUUUUGUACUUCUGUAAUUUGUUCAUUUUUUAGCACAGCAUUGUGCUCACAAAACUCUGAUCAAAAACUUUUCAUUACCGUUUUUCUUUGUCUUGCAAUAAUGGCUAUGUGACAGGUGAUAAACAGGUUGUGAAUCAGAACGCCUACACCAAUUUGUUCUCAGUAAUAAUUUCCGUAUAUAAACGCAGAUUCUGUAUUUAGAGGCAAUCAGAGGAGAUGCAUUCAUUUAAAAGCAGACAGUUCUUUCUGCCUGGCAUCAUUGAGCUCUUUCUUUGUGUUGUAAGCUGAGCCCUUUUAAGGCCUGUUAGUAAAACGUCAGCAGACACUGUCAGCGGUUUGUCCUGGGAGGUUGCAGGGCUAUAAUCUGCAAAAUGGGAGAUGUAUUACACACGUGUGAGGAAACGGUACAUGACCUCAUCUGUGUGAAUGAGGUGCAAUGCUCUUUGUCGAGGUAGCAGCCAGACUUUUAGUAGAGAAUAACACUCCCAUAUGUCCUUAUGCACAAUUUAACAUUAAAAUCGGAACCAUUUACUCAUUUCUAGAGCAGUGGUUCCCAAACCUUUGAAGUCAAAAACCUACUUAAUGGUUGAACACAAUUCCUGUGACCCUUCUCUUAUUGGAAUUGCUGGUAAGCCUUAAAAAAUUGAAUUAAAUAUAUACAUGGUGAGACAACAGCGUGUACUCUAACUUGUGCAGUGUUUUGUUUGACCGGUGUGAACGUCAGUCAGAAUUGUAUAAUAUACACGUUUCCCUUUUACAUGUGUAACUCACAUCCCACCAGAAGCCGUCGUGGCUCCCAGAUGGGUCUCGACCCCAGUUUUUGAGCUCUUGCUAUAUAGCUCUGUAUGCUUCUUUGCCGUGUCUUCACCUUGGAGCUCAAUCCCUGAGAACAUCUCAUUCACACCUUAAUCACAGCAUUAUUCUAGCUUUCAUUUUACUCUGGUAUCAUUCACUAUGUUCUUUUUUUUUAAAAACAUUAUCAUUGAUUGCAUUUACACUUUUUGGGGCAGAAGGGGUUAAGUUGUACUUUAUUUUGAUGCGUGUAGCAAUGUUGGACACAACGGAAUGAAUAUUAAUAAAGAUUGUUAUAAUUAUU